AUGAUCAGUUCUGGUUUCCGGCGACUGCGGUCAGCAGCUGACUCUCUCGCGGACGUCGGGGCUACGCUCGAGCAUGCAGCAAGUCGCGAGGAAGUCGGAUAUCUCGUGCUGCUCGAUGUGCAACACGCAUUUGAUGGUCUCCCUCACACCACCAUCAUUCAAACCCUUCCUGAGCUACGUGUCACCGGCCGCCUCUUUGACUACGUCGCUGCCGUCCUCAGUAACCGCACGCUCGGAGUGCGAGUUGGCGACGUGCUCAGUGCCCCUCGCAGCUUGACCUCCGGGGUUCCCCAAGGCAGCGUGAUCACCCCAUUUCUUUUUAACUUGGCUCUAGCAAGACUACCUGACUACAUCCCGAAGAUGACAGCCCACGAAGUCCGUGUGGCGAUCUACGCCGAUGGCAUUGCACCGUUCGCGUGCGGGCCCACGGGCCUCGGCUUUCAAGUGCGAGAAUCCCUGCAGUCGGCGAUCAACGCCGUCGAUGAAUACCUCGCCAGCAUAGGGCUCCAGCUCUCGGCGUCAAAAACUGAGACCUUGUUAGUACACCCCCGGUGCCCGGGCGUGCUUUAA